CAAGUGAGCCUGAUGCCAACGAGUUUCCUCGGCAGCGCCCUCCGGGGCACCUUCUUCGUCAUUUUUGGUCUCUGGUGGUCUGUGCGAUACCCCCUGAAGUAUCUCCGGCGGAAAGCCAAUGCCGAGAGCCAGCCAAGCUAUGGGGUCCAGCGCGUGGAAGUCUUCGAAGGGGCAGUCAAAGCUUUCUUUGCUCUAGCAGGGAUAUUGGUCGAGCAGUUUAUUCCUUUUUUCAGCCCCAAGAUGCACAGCUGGACAGACCUCCCCCACUGGCACUACACCACCAUGUACCUCUUCUUCCUCCUCUCCGGCAUCGUGGAUGUCGUCUCGCACUCCCCGCUCAAGCUGCCGCUUGGCUUAGAUCGGCUCUCGCUGUCCAUGGCUCUGUUCAUCGAAGGUUUGCUCUUCUGUUUCCGUGACUAUGGCGAGGCUGGGCUGGACCACCACCUCCAUUCCCUGCUGGCCGUGGCUAUCUUUGCUGGAGCCCUCUGUGCCCUCCUAGAGGUGUUCCUCCGAGACCACAUCAUCCUGGAGACUUUCAGGACCAGCUCCUUCCUUCUGCAGGGCUCUUGGCUUUGGCAGAUUGGGUUUGUGCUGUCCCCUCCGUGGGGAGGACCGGGCUGGGACCAGACCGACAGCAGCAACUUCACGUUCCUCACCAUGUGCUUCUGCUGGCACUACGCCGGUGCUCUCGCCGUCCUGGCAGCAAACUCCGCUGCAUCUCGCUGCUGCAACGAGUCCUGCCAGCUGAAAUUCAGGGACAUCGACGUGGAGCUGGACUGCGGCAUGUGCAUCCGCAAAGGCAACAAGAGCUCCAGCGGCGCCCUGCUGCCGGAGAGCACCACGGACGACAAAUGA